AUGGCUACUUCAACAACAAGGGGGAUUCCAGCCCAGAGUUCUCAAGCUCUUGUGUUCCAGCCAAGUGAUAAGCGGCUACCUCAACAGACUCCGCAACAGCAAACUCAAAAGUAUCCACCCAAGCAGCCUGCACCACAGGCAGAGCCUCUAGACAAGUGUACUGUAGCUGAUUAUGAGCAGAUCCAAUGUGGACAACCUGGUAUCAGUGCUGUGGAAUGUGAAACUAUAAAUUGCUGCUUCAAUGGACAGCAGUGCUACUAUGGGAAGGCAGUGACUGUCCAGUGUAUUCGAGAUGGCCAGUUUGUGGUUGUGGUGGCUAGAGAUGUUACACUUCCGCAGCUAAGCCUGGAUACGGUCCGUUUGUUGGGUGGAAGUGACCCACCAUGCGCUCCAGUUGGGUCCACCUCAUCUUUUGCCAUCUACCAAUUCCCUGUCACUGCUUGUGGCACAAGCAUGAUGGAGGACAAUGGAUAUGUAGUGUAUGAGAACAGAAUGACAUCGUCCUAUGAAGUGGGGAUUGGACCACUUGGAUCCAUCACAAGGGACAGUCAAUUUGAGCUUCUCUUCCAGUGUAGGUAUUCCGGCAGUGCUGUUCAAGCUCUAGUUGUGGAGGUCAACACCAUUCCUCCUCCUCCACCUGUAGCUGCUCCUGGACCGCUCCGAGUGGCGCUUAGGCUGGCUAAUGGACAAUGUGUCACUAAAGGAUGUGCUGAAGAGGAUGCAGCGUACACCUCCUACUACAGUGACUCGGAUUACCCUGUCACAAAAGUCCUCCGAGACCCAGUGUAUGUUGAGGUGAACGUUUUGGAGAGGACUGACCCAAAUCUUGUCCUGACUCUGGGACGUUGCUGGGCAACAUCAACCCCUGAUCCCCUCAGCCUACCUCAGUGGGACCUUCUAGUUAAUGGAUGCCCUUACCAGGAUGACCGUUACCUGACUACACUGGUUCCUGUGGAUGUCUCCUCUGGUCUUCAGUUCCCAACCCACUACAACUUUAUUGUGAAGAUGUUCACAUUUGUGGAUCCUAGGCCACUAGCUCCUCUGCAGGAAACCGUCUUCAUCCACUGUAGUACAGCAGUGUGCUAUCCCUCUUCCACUGGCUCCUGUGAGCAGCGCUGCGGCAGGCAAAGAAGGGAUGUUCAUUUCAAGAUGACUUCUAGUGGAGAAACCGUGGUUUCUAGUGGAGGAGUUACUCUGGUCAUGCCUUAA